CAAGCCGCAUUUUGGGCGGCCCAAACCGUUCGCUUUCGGGGCGCGCCUAUUGACCUCCUUGGCGCAGCCGGUGCCGCCCAGGUUUCGACCUUGGCGGCAGGACCUGAGAGCGAACUCUUUCAGCCGUUACAGCGCUCUUCGCCCACCGUGCCUCCACUCACUACUCGUUCAAGACUAUGGAACUUACUACUGCGCUCAUUUGGACGCUCCGAAUCGUACUGCCAAUCAUACUCUUUUGCAUAUAUUUCAAGUUCCAGUCUUCAAAGGAAGAGCAGGCGUUUACGGGAAGUUCCACAAGCAACAAGAACAAGUACUCGCGUGGGCAGCUUCUGGCGUAUCGGAACGUGGAUGCCGCUGUACCAGAGCAGCUAGCGCAAGUGACGCUCAAGGACCAGACCCAGGCGCCUCACCUUUUUCAAGGAGGUGAAAAGGGCAAGGGCAAAGGAAAAAGGAGCCGCGAAAAGGAGGACAAAGGCGGCAAGGAGCCGCGGGAGCCGAAGGAGCCGCGGGAGCCCAGGGAGCCGAAGGAGUCGAGGAAGCCUCGAGAUGCUCCGGACAAAGCUCAGCGGAGUUCCAAACGCGAGAAGGAGAAGGAGGCUUCGGCCCCCGAGCCCAAGUCCGAGGCGAUGGCGGAUGGGCCCUCUGCACAGGGCGCAGCGCAGUUGAAGGAAUCCGAGGAGAAGAUGAACUUGGAGUCUUUCUUGAACUACGUCGCCUUUAGCAAGAAGGCACCAGCAGCCCAAGCCCCGAACAUCUCUGAGGCGAACGCAGAGAGGGCCAAUGCCGAGGCACAGAUGGUGUUGCGUGGGGGCAUGACUUUCAAGCGCGUGGACGUCGUGGUGGACGUUGCCAAGGACCUGUAUGAGCAGUUGAAAGCUGCCAAUGUGGAUAUCUCCUCAGCAACCUUCUCUCUGAUGAUUGAGGCAAGCGUGCUGGGCAAGGAUUUGAAGGCCUCUAGUGACUUCCUCAUGAAGAUGGAGGCUUCUGGCCACAGUCCAAGCAGUGACCUGCUCGACAAGGUUCUGGACCUCUACUCGAACCAGAAGACGCAGCGCGACCAAGCAAAGACUCGAGUUCCAAAGGACAGUGCAUUUGCGCCUGAGCUUGAGUCGGAGGUUGCAGGUGCAAGACAGAAGUUAAAAUCGGAUGCUCCGAUCUUUGUGCCCAGUUUUGGGAUUCCGCCGCCGCCACCGAAACCCAAACCGGUGGAAGAAGGGCAGCCGGCUGAUGCCCCUCAGGUGGAGUCCCGCACCAAGCUCACAUCCACUGCCAAGCCCUUUGAGCCGAGCGUGUGGAUGACGGAAGACGGAGUUGCACCACCGCCACCACCCCCACCUGCGGCGGAAAAGAACGGAGAGGAGGUUCAUGAAAAGAAGCAGUCCUGGUCAAGAAAUGCAAAUGUUUCUGUCAAGGGUAGAAAAGAAGAGGUCAAGAAGAUGUGGAAACCCAAGGAGCCUGUGGCCGCUUGACCAGAGGGUGCUUCGGAAAGUGUCACCUGUGCCCAGAGAUGGGACAGAAGCCAGAGAGGAAGAUUGGCCAACUGGACUGCGAAUCGGCUGUCGAAACUUCGGCUAAUGCCCAUCUCCAUGCUUAAGGGCACCUCGCCGCUCACAAGCGGUGCUGGCCAUGUACGUUGAAUUGCGCACCGGGAUUUCU